GUAAAUGAUAACGAAAGUAGAACAGUUCCCUGUUAAAAGGCGGAAGCAUGGCAAAGGCAAGUAUCACAUCAUCGGGAGAAAUAUUUGACUGUCCUAUUUGUCUGGAGCAAUACCAGAUUCCCCGGUCAUUGCCUUGUUUACACUCGUUUUGUGAGGAAUGUCUGAAUUCAUACAUUGCUUCUCAAGUGGACAACAGCACGGACUUCCCGUGCCCUGUGUGCCGACUGUCUAUCACACUCCCGCAUCAUAAUUCGACUCUAGGAUCAGGAUCUUGGGCACAGACCUUUCCCCUGAAUCAUCUUAUAGUAACACUUACGGGUGGAGGGAUGGAGAACAAAGACAAUGUUAUGUGUACCCCGUGCCUCGUGAGGGACAGUUCAUCAGUGAAUGCUGUUUAUUGGUGUAACCAUUGUUGUGAAGGGCUGUGUGAAAAAUGCUAUACGUAUCACCAGAAAAAUAAAUACAGUUCUAGACACAAAUCUGGUCCGAUAGUAGAGUCGACAAAUGUCACGGCCAACACUGAUGUCGAUGAAGAUUGUCCUCGUCAUCGCGGGAAAAUUAUAGAGGUGUAUUGUUCGGAUCAUUCGGAACUCUGUUGCGUCGUCUGCUUUGCUACUAAACACAGAGAAUGUAAACAUAUACACUGCAUUGACGACGUUUCGGAAGGCUUUAAUGUGGACGACGUAUGUUUGAAAUUUACUAGUGAGAUGAGAGAUAUAGAACAAGUACUACUAUCUCUAGCUUCUGUCAAAGAAACAAACAUUGUCAAGGUCAACGAGGAGGUCAAGGUCGUUACAACGGAGAUCACAGAAGCAGUCGGUAACGCGAAAGUUAAACUAGACUCUGUCCGAGAUAAUUUAAUAUGUGACGUCAAAAACAAGUAUGCGACAGAAAAGCAGAAAUUACAACGUCAGCGUAAACGACUCCAAGCUUUCGAAAAAGACGUGAAAAACUGCUGCAAAGUCAUGACGUCAGUCAGCAGUGGAACCAAACGACAAGCAUUUGUCACAUUCCAGAAGAUAAAAUCCCAACUAACCAGUCACUACCACCAGCUGGUAUCAGAAAUGACCAAUGAUGUUGACCUAAAUAUAAAAUUUUACGAGGGAAUUUUACUUACAUCGCUAGACACCAUUGGUUCCGUGGGCAAGGUCGAAACAGAGGAGAUUCCCUCUAGAAAAACAUCCGAUGUCUUGACUCAGGUGGCCAUUCAUCUUGAUAAAGUCGCGAAUUCCUCGUGUGAGAAUCCUACCUCCUUGAUAAAUCUAAUGAAUACGAACGUUAAGAUAAAUAAAGUUGUCAGGCGGGAAGGUGUUGGUCUUGAAAAAGAAGUUGACCUCGCCGGCGGAACAUUUUUACAUGAUGGACGGUUACUUAUCGCUGACUAUUCUGAUAAUAGACUGAUCCAGUUUGAUGACCAGUUUCAUGUUAUCAACACCCUCCCUGUAGCUGGACAACCAACUGAUGUCUCUCUAGGGUUGGAUGACUCUGACAUCUUUGUUUGUAUCAAUGAAGAAAGGGUUGUUAACUUUUCACUCGGUACAAGAGGAGAUCUUGUUCCGAAAAACGAGUUCACUACUAAGAAUUCUGUCUGGUCUGUAGCAGCAUUUGACAGCAUUUUAGUAACAGGGGGUGGCGGUUACAUCGUCCAGACAUCCAAAGACGGAUGUGAAGUGGGUAAAUCUGAAUUGAGAAGUGGAGACGUAAAUAGUUUUGUUGCAAAACACGAUGCAAGUCGGACUUAUUAUUACACAGAUGGACAAUUCAUUAUGUGCAAUAGACUUGGAGGAGAAGCGGUGUUCAGACACGACGCUCAGAGGUCUGGGGGUGGGAUAGCUGUGGACCAGGAGGGAAAUGCCUAUGUUGGGUUUGUAAACGAAGACAAAACCGGAGGCGUGUACCAGGUAUCACAUGAUGGUCGGCGGUCCCGGGUCUUAGUUGAAGCCCUCAGCAGAAUUAUAGAUCCAUAUGCAAUUAUAAUCCAUAGAACAAAACCUGUGUUUAUAGUGGUAUCCGACGACGAGGAUACAUUGUUUGAGGUAUACGAGUUCGUUCCAUGAACAGUGCAUCAUAUUCUCAGUUAAUUAGCAUAUGUACAUGUUAUAUUAAUUGUAUUAUAAUGAAACAUUAUACGAGUAUAGAUGUCUGAAUAAAGUUAAGUGAGUUUCAUUUCGGGACUUUUUGUAACACGCCACCAAGUAUGCUCGUGGAAUGGUGCAGUAUAUGUCCGUCGACUUUAAAACGGAUUCUAGAGAAAGUUUGAACCCGGAUGCUGAAAUUUAGCAUGUUGUUGUCUGAUAAUAAGUACUUUAAAGAGUUGCGAUAUAAAACAACCUUUAUAUGCCAUGCCGGUUUGUGUUUCUCGGGAAGAUGAGAAAUGGACCGGUCUGUGCUGUCGUGGUUGGUCCUUGGGCAAGACACUUUACCCUUAUCGCUCUUGACGGCACGCAACGGGCUUCCCUUAUGUUGUUCAGUGUGGUAAUCACCAACUACUACAAGGAUUAUCCGCCUUAAAAUGAUCCUAGAUGAUCACGGGGCGAUAAAUCCAGCAAUCAUACCUGUACAGUACAUCUUUAUAGGAGAGUAGAAUAAAACGUCUGUUUCAGGCUUUUAUAUGCUUUUAAA